AUGGCAGAUAGCGAUGAAACCCAGCCUCUUGUUGUUGAUAACGGUACCGGAAUGGUUAAGGCUGGGUUUGCCGGAGAUGAUUCUCCGAGGGCUGUCUUCCCUAGUAUCGUUGGACGACCGAGGCACACAGGUGUCAUGGUGGGGAUGGGGCAGAAAGAUGCCUAUGUAGGGGACGAGGCUCAGUCUAAAAGAGGUAUUCUCACUUUGAAAUACCCUAUUGAACAUGGUAUUGUUAGCAACUGGGAUGACAUGGAAAAGAUCUGGCAUCACACUUUCUACAACGAGCUUCGUGUUGCUCCUGAAGAUCAUCCUGUGCUUCUUACUGAAGCGCCUCUGAAUCCUAAGGCCAACAGGGAGAAAAUGACACAGAUAAUGUUCGAAACAUUUAAUGUUCCUGCGAUGUAUGUUGCAAUCCAGGCAGUUCUAUCGCUUUAUGCUAGUGGGCGUACUACAGGUAUUGUGUUGGAUUCUGGGGAUGGGGUCAGUCACACAGUUCCAAUCUAUGAAGGUUAUGCACUUCCCCACGCCAUCCUCAGGCUCGACCUUGCUGGACGGGAUUUAACAGAUGCCUUGAUGAAGAUCCUUACAGAGAGGGGUUACUCAUUCACCACAACUGCCGAACGAGAAAUUGUACGUGACAUCAAGGAAAAACUUGCUUAUGUAGCACUCGACUAUGAGCAGGAGUUUGAAACUGCGAAAAGCAGCUCAUCAAUUGAGAAAAGUUAUGAGCUACCUGAUGGUCAGGUAAUAACCAUUGGAGCAGAGCGUUUCCGUUGUCCUGAGGUCUUAUUUCAGCCAUCUCUUAUCGGAAUGGAAGCUCCUGGAAUUCACGAGACCACCCACAACUCCAUCAUGAAAAGUGAUGUCGAUAUUAGAAAGGACCUGUACGGUAACAUAGUGCUUAGUGGCGGAUCCACCAUGUUUCCCGGUAUUGCCGAUCGAAUGAGCAAGGAAAUCACGGAGCUUGCACCGAGUAGUAUGAAGAUCAAGGUGGUGGCACCCCCAGAGAGGAAGUACAGUGUCUGGAUUGGUGGGUCUAUUUUGGCUUCUCUUAGUACAUUCCAGCAGAUGUGGAUAUCGAAAGCAGAGUACGACGAGUCCGGGCCUGCCAUCGUUCACAGGAAGUGCUUCUAGAUAUGUGCUGGUGUUGUUUUGAUGUUUCCUUCUGCAUUUUGUGGUUUGGAUUUUUCGGGUUCCGAUAUCGUCGGUUUGGCUUGGUUUUCAGUCGGUCCAUUUGGUGUCUCAUUUUCAUCCCAUGAUAAAUGUAUGAGACAUGGUUUAUAGGUAUGAUUAUAUGGUAU